CUGUUGGUGGACAGUAGAUCAUUCCUGGAGUAUUCGACCAAUCACAUCCAGUCUUCCAUGAACGUAGCUUCUUCGAAAAUGAUUAAAAGGAGACUCUUGAAUGAUGAAGUUGCAUUGUCAGUCCGAGACCUACUCAGGCAGAGCUCAAACAACUACAGCAACUUUAACACCCUUAUUGGCAUUGAUGACAACAAUAACAAAAAUGCGGAUGACGUCCUUGACAUUCAAAUUGACCCAAUUAACGAUGUCAUCAUCUAUGAUCAGUGCAGUACAUGCCCUGACCUACUUAACAAUAACUGCUUCCUCCAUGUACUCAUCACAAAAUCUCUCUCUGCCUUUAAAAAUGUUUUCUUUUUGAGAGGUGGCUUCAUAGAAUUUCAAUCCCUCUACCCAUCUCUGUGUUACGGAGAGAAGGACCUCUCAAUAUCCCAGCCAUGCAUAUCAGUUUCAGUUUCAGGACCUACUCGCGUUUUACCGUUUUUGUUUUUAGGAUCUCAGCAAGAUGCCAUGUCCCAAGAAAUUAUGACACAAAAUGGGAUUUCCUACGUGUUGAACGUAAGUUUGGACGGUGACAGGCCGCCCUUUCUUGGGGAGGGCCAUUUUUUGAGGAUUCCCAUCAGGGACAGCCACUACGAGUCCCUCCUACCCCAUCUUCCUGCUGCUUUCCAGUUCAUCGAUAAAGUACGAGAGACGAAUGAAUGCGUGCUGGUGCACUGCCUGGCUGGCAUCUCACGAUCGCCAUCCCUGGCCAUCGCCUACCUCAUGAAUCACCUGGGCCUUUCUGUCGACGGUGCCUACAAGUAG